UUACCAUCUCAAAUUGAUUAUUCACUAAUGGAGAAGGAGAAGGAGAAGGAGAAGGAGGGAGAGAGAAUAGAGACAAUCAACCAUUUUAGCCAUCCACAUCCAUUGCUGUUCAAUGAUGAAGAGCAGAGUGAUAAAAGUAAAGAAGCUCGCUGCUCCGCAUGUUUGGAAUCCUUAUUGGGCUCAAGUUUUAGCUGUGCAGAAUGUGACUUUCACCUCCAUAAAAAAUGUGCCGAGGCACCUUCAGAAAUUCAUUCCCCUUUCCAUUGUAAGCAUGCUGCUCUUACUCUUUUUCCAAAUCCAACAUGGGGGUCGCCAUACUAUAUUUGUGAUUUGUGCAAGGAAAACCGUAAGAUGUUUGCUUAUUAUUGCACUUCUUGCUAUGCUUCCCUUGACAUUAAAUGUGCUUUCCUAUUGCAUAACAUGGAUGAAAAUUUUCGUGAGCUCAAAUACGUUACCCAUGAACAUCCAUUGACCUUCAUUGAAAAUCCCACUGAUGAACUUAAAAGAGCCCAUUGUUGUUGGUGUCAGAAACCCCUGGUAGACUCCCUAUAUGUUUGUCUUGAUUGUAGAUUUUACCUUCAUAAGAAAUGUGCUCAGUUACCCGCUCAACUUCAUCACCCUUGCCAUCGCAAACACCCUCUUUAUCUUGAAGAUGCUAGGCUUGAUUGUAAGACAUGCCAGAAGAAACAUUGGAGUUUGUUUUAUCGUUGUCUUCCUUGCGAGUUUGCUAUUGACAUCGAAUGUGUUCUGUCAAGGCUAAGGCCAGUUAUUGAACAUGACCACUCAUUCACUCAAUUCUUAACGGAUGAAUUCAUUUGUGAUGCAUGUGGCACUGAGGGAAAUUAUGUUUCUUAUAUAUGUUCUACAUGCCACAUUAUGAUCCAUAAAAACUGCAUUUCAUUGCCACUCAUCAUCAAAACUACAUGGCAUCACCAUGAAAUUAUUCACAACUACUUCUUUCAAAAAUGGGAGCUUGAAAAACAUGAUUGUGGAAUUUGUCUCGGUGAAGUGCAAAUGCAGUACGGCAGUUACGAUUGUUUGAAGCAAGAUUGCAAUUUUGUUGCCCAUGUGGAUUGUGCAAUGGAGAAGUAUCUUGCAACCGGUCAGAUAAAUGAUCAAGAUGAGGAGUCUAGUGAAAAUUUAGCUUCCAUCACUUGUGUCGUUGAAACGAACCAACAUGGAGAAGCCAUAAAGAUAAAACAUUUCAGCCAUGAACAUGUUUUAACAUUAGACAACGAGAUUAAGGAAGACGAUGAUAAACGUUGUGAUGCGUGCAUGCUAUCCAUCUCAAUUUCCUUUUACUAUUGUUCACAAUGUGAGUUCCUUCUCCACAAAACCUGUGUUGAAUUACCAAGGAAGAAACAUUAUUGGUUUCAUGAAUCUCUCUUCACCCUCCAUUUAGAGAACAUUUUCGAAUGUGGUUUAUGUUAUCACUACUGUAGUGGUUUUGCUUACCAUGGUGGUAACAACUAUAAAUUUUGUCUAAGGUGUGUUGGAAUUUCUCGUAUCCUCCCACGUCAACGACACAAACACACUCUCUUUUUUGACUUUGAUUUGAAUGAAGGGCAAUGCAAUGCUUGUGGUGAUCACAUUUCUUACCAAGGUGCAUACAAAUGUAAAGAUUGCACUUUUGCUUUGAAUUUUGACUGCUUGACACUACCACAGAGAGCUCGGCACAAGUGUGAUAAACACUUUCUAGAACUUACUUUUCAUGAUGAAAAGAAUGAUCUAGAAGAAUAUUAUUGUGAUAUAUGUGAAGAAAAAAGAGAUCCAAACCAUUGGUUUUAUCAUUGUGCAAUUUGUGAUAAUUCUGCUCACCCGAAGUGUGUUUUUGGAAAGUAUCUAUUUUUGAAUAAGAAGAUAGGAAAGACUUACACGCAUUGGUAUCACAGUCAUCCGCUCAUUUGUGUUAAAAAGAGUUAUGACAUCUGUGAUUGGUGUUAUCUGCCUUACCAAGAUAUAGUUCUUGAAUGUAAAGCUUGUACACCCAACUAUACGAUCCACUUUGAUUGUCUUUGGUCGCUGAUUGGUUAGCUUUCUUAUAAAGUGGGAUUGCAGUUGAAAAAAGCGCUUGUUGUUUCUGAUUGUAAAGGGUUGUUAUUUUCCUUGGUUUUAUAUGUGAGUGUCUGUUCGCUUGUAGCCUUUUGUUCCUGUUUUUUUUUUAUCAAUCUUGAUCAGUUUGUAAGUGUUGCUUGAUUGGGCUUGAAUGACAUUGCUUUUUGUUUCAA